UGUCACCCCUAUCUAUGAAUCAUCAGCUGAGCUGACGCCUGAGAAAAACAAAACCUGUCGAAACGCAGUUGCCGUAAAAAUAAACAAAUUUUGGUGGACAUAGUUGGAUAAUCCGUUCAGCAUGUCGGUUAACACGGCUCACGCCAACAAUGGCGUGCUUAUCCACGCCGGAGAGUACAUAUUACUUCACAGCGACAGUGUUUCCAUGGACUUUUCUGGCCAGGACAACCCUGUCUUCAAGGGAUCCAAGUCUGGUCGCAUCUACCUGACUUCUCACCGGAUGAUUUUCAAUAGCAAGAAGUCAAGUGACACCAUGCAGUCCUUCAGCGCUCCUUUCAUCGCCUUGUCGGACGUGGAGAUCGAACAACCCGUCUUCGGAGCCAAUUACAUCAAGGGAAAGGUACGAGCCCAGCCGAACGGAAACUAUGUGGGCGAAGUCAAGUUUAAGCUGCACUUCAAGGCUGGUGGAGCCAUAGAGUAUGGCCAGGCAUUGCUGCGCUCUGCUAAGACAGCCAUGAACAACUACCAUCGCGGUGGACUGAUUGGCGAUGAUCCGCCACCGUACCAGCCGGCUGGAGCUUGGAAUGAGGCUCCGCCUCCGGCUUAUCAGCCACCACCCGGCUACUAUGGCUGGCUGCCCCAGCAUGACGCCUUUAGCGGCCCAGCACCGAAUACUGUCUUUAUGAGCGACAAUCCGCCGCCGUAUCCGGGUAUCGCACCACCGCCGCACCAGCCGCCACCACAACAGCCCCAACAACAGCCGCCGUCUGAACCCACUUGGUAUGGUUUUUCAGCCCCGCCGCCGGAUCAGCAACAACAGCAGCCGGGUUAUGGACCGCAAGGAUGGGCAGGUGGCUACGUGCAGCCGCCUCCGUAUACCGCAUGUGCUCCGAAUUGUCCGCCAGGACCCCCAUACGCGACUCCGGCUCAGACCUAUAAUGGGCCGCCGCCCUUCGGUGGCUACGGCAAUGUGCCCGGUGGAUUCAACACUCCGGGGUUACAGCAGCCUAAUGUUUUUCCGGGAGCUCCACCUCCUCAAAAUCAGCCACCACCGCCGCUCGCAAGCUCCGGUAGUGGCGCUGCAGGUGCAACUGGGGCCACGGGUGUUAGCUUCUUGGGAUUUAGCUUGCCGCCAGCAAAUUCCAAAGAAGCAGAAGCUGCAGCAAGUGCUUACAAUACACCCUAUAACCAGGGCGGACCCAGUGGAUCACGAAACAAUGACUUACCACCCUCUUACAAUAACUUGCCCCCCAGUUACGAUGAUGCAUCGAAAAAGCACCAAUGAUUGGAUAUACUAUUACCCCUAUUAUACUAUACUAUUUUAUACUAUCUGAAACAGUUAUUAACGCUCAUUCCGUUGAUUAUUAUAUAGCAGGACGGUAACCAUUAAAGAUGUUAGCCCUUCUCGAAGAAAACACGUUAUCUGGUCACAAAACAUAAAUUAUAUUAUUAACUCAUUCAAUGUUUAUAAUUACAAUAUUUUACAUAUAAACAUAUGAGAAUAUGCUGUAUUACAUUUUUAUGUCUAUGCAUUAAAUGAAAAGUCCUUGACCA